CGUGUCGCACACUUUCAGCUGCAACAGCAUUUGUUUGGCACGACAUGGGAUUGGGAAUUUGCACGAUUCAGACCAGGCACUGGAUGAAUCUAAGCCUCCCUGAUCAUCUCUGUACCUGAUAUCACUGUCUGUGAGGUUUGUGGAGGUUUGUGUCUUUGUCAAAGGAACAAAAAACAGAGGAAAGGACUUGUGGAAGUUGCUUCAAGUGAGUUAAAAUGACUGUGAAUGUGACAAAGCAGUUGUGGUCUCUGGCACGUUUACUGCUGCCUGGAGUGGGAUUUGCGUUGGUGUGCUUCGGUGUCUACCUGGUGUCUAAACAGGUGAACAUCCCAGCCUAUAUCAUCAUUGUCAUGGGCUUCAUGGCGGUCAUCACCGGGGUCUUCUGGACCAUGUGUCACAACAUGAGGACCAAGAUGUACCAGAGAGGAGGACAUCAAAAUCACAUCCAGGUCUUCACCGUUGACAGACCAAGCUCCUUUCCUCCAUCAUAUGAAGAGUCCCAGAGAAACCAGGUCUCUUCUCACACAGUCCCCGAAACUGUGGUUGUGGUCGACGCGGUGGACGUUGUGCUGAGUCUCGCUCCGCCGCUGUACAACCAGGACGGAUCCGAGGCCCCAGACUGCACGUGGAGCUGGGAGCAGCCUCCUCGGUACAGUCAGGUCGAGCGUUGUCAGCAGGGACAGGUGGGUGCAGAGGAGCGGAGAGAGGCCCUGUCCAUACACUGAACUGAAGAAGGGGGAGAGGCGUGUCUCUGCUUUACUGUCUGAGAGACGAGGUGCUGAUUUGCACUGAGGCACGAGCUCCGGACUGAGCCUGAAAAUAGAAAAAGGCUUGCAUGGUCGGGUCGCUCGGCAGCCAAGGACGAUUGAGGACGACUGAGUCGUGGAUCUGUAGCCAGCACUUUCCCUCUGAACUGUGAUCAUACACAGAUGUUUAUGAGGAUUAGCUUCGUGUUCAAGUUGUUGACAUGACAUUUUUAAUCCUGUUGCUUGCACAGACAAAGUAUUAUUAUUUUUUACUUUUUUACAUUUGCACUUUAUUUCCAAUUUGUGAAAUCAAAGACCUCUGUGUAUAAAUGAAUUAUACUACAUCUGGUCAGGGGAGAUCUAUAUUUGUGUUACACAAAAAAAAAAUGUCAAGGUAUUUAGAAAAUGAUUGUGUUCACAUUUCUUUCUAAAUAUUCAACAAUAAUAUUAUUAUGUGUCUUAUUACUGGGCAACCUGUUAUAAUUAGGAUUCAUGUUGUCUGACCUGAACGAAGAAUAUUUAAAAUAAUGUAAUUAAAUACUAUUGUAUCCAAGAUACUGUCCUUAAAGUAUUAGAAGAAAAGUGUGUCAGACCCUUAAGGCAAUACAACAUUUAUGUUAGAUUUGAUGUCAAAUGAAAUUUAAUUGAGGUUGAAAAACUUAUUUUUCAAUGCAAACCUGGUGAACAAGACAGCGUACAUAUAACCUUGUUGGAAAGAAGACUAAAAUUACGUUUGCUUAAAAAAUAAAACAGGGAUUUAACAAUUAAAAUGUACUUUACACCACUACUUUCAAAUAAAUCCAACAGAUAUACAGUGUGUCUGGAGUUAAUCACUACAAUAUGCACAAAAUAACAUACAAUACACUAAUUUGAGAUGUAGUGAAAUAUGUUCACAAUGUAUGUAAAGUAUUUGCGACUCCAUCCGUGCCUGUUUAGUGUAUAUAUUUAAUUAUGUUAUGAGGCAUAAUGUCUCUUUAGUCUGUACAACAGCACGAUUUGUCCCAGCAGGUCCUUUUAAUAUUACAAUGUACUUUCUGACAGUUGAGUUUAAAGCACAAUAAAAACACAGGUGAAGCAUUAAUGUGCUCAGGUUUGCAACUUUGAGCCUUUUAAAGCCCAAAUUGGUAAAAAGGUGCACAUCUAAUGCAACGACUCAUUUGACACCAGUCUCUGAAACGUCAAAUUCAUUUCAGCUAAAAGUGUGAGGUGACAAACUUUGGGCUUUGAUGCUCAGUCGACAUUAUAAAGCGGCCGGAUGCAGCAAUAACCUGUAAAGUCUGGCUGACUAAGUGAACACAUCCUUGCGGAUAUCCACUGGCAUGUCCUCAACUCGUAAUGACGGCAAUCAGCAGCGUUUUAUGAGAUCCUGCUCUGUGUGUCUCGCUCAGGCCAUACAGUGAUAAAAUCCCCGGCUCGUUUCUUAUCAACACAGCAGCUUCUACACUUUCCACAAACAGGUGCCCGCGUGCUCACCCCACAACAAAAAAGCCUCCACUUUUCCUCAAGGAUGUUCACUCACGGCGCUAAGUACCAACCCAGGAUAGUGCUCUUAAUUAAGAACAUGUUUAAUUAAAAUCUGAAAACCGCCUGAAGGCAGCAUCUCUCACUCUGAUGUGUUUUUAUUUGUCCCAUUAGACGUGUCCAAUUCAAUUAUAAAAGAAAACCAGCACAACCACUAUACACACAGAACGUUUAUUUGGAUUUUUAAAAAAAGGAAAAGAAAUAUAUCUUAGAUGGUUACGUACUGUAUUUUUCCCAAAGUUUUAAACUAACAAUAUUUAUUUUUUUUCCUCUUUGAAGCGACAUUAGUUUAUAUUUCUGUCCUCGGGCUGCAGAUGAUUUCCCACUUCUUCAUAGAGAAACAAUAAGCUUUGACACAAAACCAUUUCUAUUUCUGCAUGAAAAUGAAGACAAACACUGACAGACUGUAUAAGGUACGAGCAACAUGAGAGGUGAUUAAAAAAAACAUCAGUGUGGAUUAACAAAACAUUUUCUCUUAGGACUUUCAAGCAAGGCAGAACGUUAAAUGUCAGUCUGCGCACUGAUGACUUGUUUUUCUUUUGUUUUCAUGAUUUGUCCGUCAAGAUAAUUAAAUAGCCUUCUUUGUUUUCUGAUACUGACACUGUUCCACACAGCCGAUCAAUAAACCGAUAAUAAUGUGCAA